AUGGCACUCAGGAACGUCCUCCUCGCCGCGGCGACCCUCGCCGCCCUUGCCGGCGCCAUCCCCGUGCGUCGACAAGCCGCCGUCCUCCCCGUCGUCGUCCUCGAAGGGUCCCCGGAUCUAGCGGGCCUCUCCCUCACGGAAGCUAGCGAAGUCCUGUACCGUUACCACAAGGUCCUAGGGCAAGAAGGCACGAGCGCCAUCGUCGCUCCCGACGUAGCCGCCGCCGACACGUUCUGGCACAAGAUACUCUCCAACACAACGGGCGGCUGGGUGGGCGGCACGACACGGAUCCAGGGGCUCGCCGACCCGGCGGUUUUCAGCGGCAAGGACGUCGGGACGUGGUUCGCGGGCGGCGGCACGGGCUGGCCGAACGACUUCCUCGAGACGAGCCCGACGCACUACCUCAGCUUCUCGGCGGGGGGCACGAGCGAUGCGCGCGCGGCCAUCGAGACGAUCGAGGGCUGGGGCGCAAACGGCCCCAUCACGUACUUCAAGGGCAUCCCCGAGGCCAAGCCGGCCUUCAUCCCGGCGCUGGCCGAGUUCGGGUCGAGCCAGAGCGCGCUGGCGUUCACGCUGGGCGACGGCACCGUCUUCGCGCACUCGCUGACGGCGUUCCGCGACCUGCCCGACGGCAGCGGCGUCGAGGUCUUCCAGGGCAUCUGGGUGCCCGACAGCGCGCCCGCUUACGUGGUGCGCGGCGCGACGGAGCACAUCACGGUCGAGUUUGCGAACUGGUUGAGGUUCGCGUAUAAUAAGGCCACAGGGGCUUGA